AUGGACCACUUUACCCCUUCAAGCGGCACCCUGAAUAAUCUUUACAAAAUCAAGAUUAACAACUCCGAGAUAGAAACCACCGAAGAACAAAUUCUCAACACCAUCGCUUACCUAGUCCAAGCCCUCAAAAAAAUAGAUAAAGAUGAUUUCACCGCUAA